GCAAGAAACUUCAAACAACGGUGGUGGGGUGGCCCUGUGGGGUCAAAAGCUGCAGGGAGGGGAGCUGGCGGGAGCUCAUCUCAAGUGUAGCUUGGGGCUCAUCCCUGAUCAGUCCCGCUUCCCUUGUGGACAGACGACUGAACGGGGACUAUGCUUUUAGAGGGACCCCUGGCUUCAAUGCUUCCGCCUCCUUACUUGUCCAUGACACCGACCUACCGGCUGUGCCAGACCAGAAGGCCGAGGUGCGGCGGCAAAGUCAGAAGCAUCUCCAAAAGCUUUUGAGGCCCCUGAAAGGACCCCCGAGUGAACCGCAGAAGCAGGCCCUGGAGAGGCUUUGGAAUGCCGUGAAGGAUUUCGCUGAUGACACCAGUGAGGAGAUGCCGGCUGAUGUGCCAGAGCCCAGGGUCCAUGCAAAUCAGGACCAGUGGAACCUGAUUGCGCGUGAGCUCUAUGACCGGCACUUGGUCGACGCUGCAACUUGCCAAGGUCCCGGGAGUCGCCUGAUAGUGGCGGAGCAGGAUCCCGAAUGUCGCCGGCUGAAUGCAACGCGCUGGCCGGGAUGUGACCUGGUCGUGGAUACCAAGAGGGUGACAAAGCGGGAUGUGGAAAAGUGGAUGCACAGUGUACCGGGGCUGACGGGAGUGAUCGCUGGCGUUCAGCCAAGUAGGGUCUGCGCCGGUGGGGUGUCUCGUGUCAGAAGACCCCGCCUCUCCUGGAGCAACGUGGGCCUUCAACAGCAUGAGCGCUACACGUCCCUGUCCCUGAGUCGCAGCUUGUUCACAGAGGUGGAAUUCGAGGAGCUUGUAGGACCUUUGGAGAAGGUUGUUGAUGCUUGUUGGAGGUGGAAAUGGGGUGAAGAAGACCCGCAACUGAGGCUCCCCACGUUCACGCACACCAUCCCCCGGCGGUGGCCACCGGCGGUCCCGGCCGGCCUGGACUCCUGUGAUGAAGACACAGUGAAGAGGUGGCAGUUAGACAGCAUGAUGUUUCCACCCUGUACAUACCGGGAAGAGUAUUUGAUCGAACGAAAGUUGUAUGAGCAAGUUCGUGGCGGUGAUGGUGCUCCGAGAGCUUGGAAGCUGCUGGGGGUUCACAUGACCAGGGCGUGUGUUGCAAUGGCAUUGGGUAUCAAUGAACGACGUUUCUGUAGCACUGGACGUAUUGACCGCCGAUACCAAAUCACUGGGGCAGUCACUGUGAAACCUGCGGUCAAAGCUGGCCUUGUGGACGACUUCUUUCUUGAGAUGUAUGUGUAUGCUGGAGGCUUGCUUCCCGACAAGUUCCAACGCAGAGGGCAAAAACGGGGUGCAGACGACGCUCCCAAGAACGAACCUGAGAAGUUUGUUGCUUCACUUGGUGCAUCCGAGCAAGGUGACCAAGAUGAAAGUGAGGACGAUGCAGCUGAUGAUGAAGAUUCUUUAAAGUUUGCUGCUGAACGACUUGAGGACCUUCAAACAAAAUACAAUGUGGUUCGUGCAUACAAGACGCACCCCGAUGGUGUGAAGAGGGACCGUUGUCUCGAGAUGGCAUGGACCAAGCAAAGUGGGCUCUACCACGACUUCGUGAAUUUGUCAAUGCAAAAGAACUUGGUCGCUACCAACGUCCAAAGGAAACUUAAGCAGAUCCUCCACAAGUUGAAGCUACAAUCGUUUCUGGGGAACGGUUGCGAGAUCGAUGUUUCUUAUGUGCGCGGCGUUCGAGAUUGGAAGGGGUGGUCUCUCAGACUGCAUGUGCACACGAUGGCUAGCCUGAAACCUGCGUUCUCCAUUUUCCAUUUGAUCAAGAAGGAUUUUUUUUUGCUGGCCUUUGAGGCUGAGGAUUCGCAGUGGAAAGUGAUCCGAGCUGAAGAAGAAGCAGCCCUUGCUGCAGAGUUGACGAGCGUGCCAGCUGGCCCAGGGCCUGAUUCUGACACAGUUCCUGUAUCUGAAAGUCGCACCCCUAGCAAGAAAAGAAAAUUUGAGGAGUUCAUCAAGGCUCUGGCCAAGAAGUAUGGAGCCGCUUUCGUUGAACAGCGCCUUCAGGCAGUGCUGAGCUUGGAGAGUGCAGCCAAGAAGUUUCUUCGAUCACGAUCCAUGAAACAAUUGGUUGAUCCCUUCGUCAAGAAGCUAUGGUCUUUUGAAUGGAAGGAACCGUGUCAACAAAUUCUCAAGAACACCUGCGGUUCAUGCAACUUUGGGGACAUCUUGACCUAUGACAAGAAAUGCAAAUCUUUGUUUUGCACAACCCAUGGGAAGAAGUGCCCUGUGACGAAGACCGCCGAUGGUAAAUCGCGUCGAUAUGCCAUCGCUUGGCGCAAAGACCGGCUCCAGUGGAUUCAGGGGAUGGAUUUGAAAGAGAUCCUGCAAUGCCUGAUGUCCACCCCAGUGCUGUCAGCAGCAGACUAUUUCUGGAAAGACCUCCCUGAAAUCAAGCUGCCCCCAAGCCAGGAGAAGAACCGCCAAGACUACCUGCAGAUCUUGCCCCACAAGAAGUUUCCCGAUUUGGCCCAGAUUGCCACCAACCGGCCCAGGGCAGAAUGUUCGGAUCUGAAGCGAAAGUUGGACCCAGAAGAAGCACUGUGUACCCAUUUGCUUCCCACCACCAGCAAAGCUGCCAGGGUGGCAGGAAAUGCCAUGAAUGUGCCUUGCGUCGCUGCUUUCAUUCUGUCCAUGGUGAUGUGCCUGGAAAGGUCCUUCGAUGCGAUGAAGAAUCAGCACCCAGUGUCUUAUGUCCUUGAGAUCUUAGCAGACCCCGACCCGGAGCUCAAUGAGCUAGUGCCGUUCGCCGUGAGCCUUUUGUCCAUUGCACUGGAGAAGCCUGAGGACGGGCUUCCCAUUCUGGAAGAUUGGGCUACGACAGCUCGGGACAUCUAUGCAAUCGGAUUUGAAGGGCACCGGGAAACCAUAGAGCUGAGGCUGCACAACAAGGAGAUGAAGAAGGGUGAUGCUUUGGGGUUUGCGUGCCUACUCCCCAACAAGGGCAUCGGCAGAAUCUCUAUGCUAUGGUUUGGUUUGCUGUGGACAUGGAAGAAGCUAUCCCAAGAUCUCACAGAUGAUCAGACCAGGGAUUUCAGCAGGUGGAUGAGGUCAGCGAUGUCCAUGCAAUGUGUCUACAUUGUAUUGCAGAAACCGGAAUUCUACACCUUUCGUCGGCUCCAGAUGUCCCAGCAGCAAGCACUGCGUCAGCAGAAGAACUAUCUGCAACAAUGCCUGAUCUUCCAUUCCCAUGCAGUUCGAUUGCAGGCUGAGAACCCAUCAGUGCAGUACCGAGACGCGUUUUUGAAAGCAUGCGAAGACUACAACAACUAUGGUGCUGCGAUGUCAAACAGGAAACUCCAGAUUGACACCAACAUGGCGCUGAAGCUGUAUGGGCUCAAAGUUGGUUUGACCGAUGAAUCAUGGAGGGCUGUGGAGAAGCAUUUCCAUGUCUAUCGCAGUGAGCGAUCAGCUUUUGGUCGUGACCAUCUCCUGAGCGAACGGUGGCUUCUUGGGAGCACGGCCGAGGGGAGUGAUGGCCAGUGGAGGGACAUCCUGAAAGUGGAGAACCACAAGCAGGACCUUUUCCUUAAUCGAAUUUUCGCCCUUCAUGCAUUGGCUGUUUCCAGAUCUUCCAGCAGUACCCAAGCCGUCAGGGUAACUUCGCAACAGUGGGACAAGGAAGUGAACCUAGCUUGUGUGGCUGCCUACGUCUUGGAAGCCAUGAAGGAGUACCGGGACCCUGACAAAAACAAUUCGACCGUUUUCUCUGAUUCGUGUUUGAAGAUGUGCCGCACUCGCUUUGUGGAAGGGGACUACCAUGAUGAUCUUGGAAUCCAUUUGGCUUCGGCGGAUCCUACGUUCCAACCUUCCAUCACAACCAUGUGGACUGAGAACGCACCAGAGAAAGAGGCCGAGGACAAAGAGAGCCAAGCAUUGGGCGAGGCAGAGGAAAAGAUCCAAACCCUUGAUCAGAACCGCUGCAACGCAGCAUGGGAGGCAGAUACUUUGAAACUUUGUCGUGAUGCCAGCAUGUGCGCUCGCUUGCUCCAGGCAGCAGUUUCCAAUGAGAAGACACGGCGUCUGAUGAAAGUGACACAUCUGCGCGAACAGAACAACAUUGGCGCCCAGCUAGUGACUAAGUUUGCAGAGAAACAAUGCUUCCAUGUGGCCCUUGUCUGCCCAGAGGCUGACUCUCACUUGGCCAAGUUCAUGUCCACCAUCUAUGGCGCCAACGGCUGUGUGAUACUUUGGGUGGACUUGAUGAAGUACGGCCGCCUCAGUGGCAAGGACUUGGAUGAGGUGACCAGCAGGGUCAAGAAGGCGCUGUCUCGAAAACCCAAUCACUCAGUUUGCUUCAUGCUGGCUCCAUGGUUGGUGUCAGAGCGCACCUCCAAUGGUGCCAGAGGAGAGUUGAGGAAAAUCGAAGACAAACUGGACGCGAAGAACUUGCAGAGUUAUCCCGUCAGCGUUCGCUGCUCGCCACCCCACACAGCGAAGAAGGUUCCCAUCAACUAUUGGGCAUACAUUGUGUUCACCGACGCUGAUGUGGAGAACAAUGCCUUCUUCAACUCCAUGUUGAUGACGGACAGGUCAAUGAGCGACGCCCAAGAAAGUGCUCAGCUCCUGGCUGGAUCCGAGAUGCCCACUGCUGUCUUGGAAUCCCUCCUGAAAGGGGCCGACUUCACUGGCAGGAUCUGUGGAGUUUGCAACUUCACCCCCUAUGAUGGGCAUCUUGAACGGGUUUGCAUGCGCUGGCAAAUGGAGUAUGGGCAAGAUGCUCUUGAGCUCAGGUCUUUUUCCAUGGGGGCAUAUCCCGAUGCAGUUGCCUUCAGUGAGCGCUUGCUUGGCAAUGAGUUGGUGCAGGAGUGGAAGAAAGGAUCUCCACUCUUCAAAGGGUUCCGUGCCUAUGAUCCAAAUCCAGCAGCGUCUGAGGCCUUGAAGUUGGAGGACUACCCCAUGAAGUAUGUGAAUGUCACCAAAGAUUCCACCAAAGAUGGGGCGCGGCAGUACCAGUUCUCAUUGCCGAACUCGGUGAGAACCCUCUACGCCCAUGACCCCAUUCACUGCGAAGACUGGCGAAAGUUGAUCAUGGAUUUCGACUCCAAGUUCGAGAUCAGUGCUGACAUCGUGGUCGAGGACCAGGUGGUUCCUGCAGAAGACAUCCCCGAGGACCCUGAGCCAUGGGAAGAUGAGCCUACGACCCUGGAGCAACUCCUGGACUUGUAUGUUGUGGAGGGGAAGUGCAACGCAGGGGUUCCUGGUGGUAUGAUCUAUGUCACCAAUGCAACACGCCGCAAAGAGGAGAAGCCAAUCCAGUGUGUUGAGGGCCAGCGCUACAAGCUCUUCUUUGUCGCUCAUGUUGGCUUGACCUUGCCAGCGGAUGAAAUCGUGAUCGCACAUGGAAAGGCAUCGUUCCUCAAACAGGAGAAAAUUGCCAAGCUUUUGCGUGAAGGUGGAGGCCUGGCUUCAGACUUGAGCGCCAUGAUGACUGAGAGCCCUUCUUCCUGCCAGACACCUCCUGCAAUUCCUCGUCCUGCUAUCCCUGCUUCGACACCGUCCCCAUCUCCUUUGCCCAAGAAUGACUCCAAGGUUGACAAGAGCAACAAGACUGUACGAGAAGAGCCAUUGCCCUUGACCACGUCAGAAGGGCAAAGGCCUGCCAAAGGAAACCCACCGUUGGACAAGGAGACCCAGGAGAAACUUGUCAAGGAUGUCUCUGCCGCAAAGGAUGCUGUGAAGUUCUUGAAGCAGGGCUUCCCGAAAGAGACCACCGGCAGGAAGGGUACUGGGGAAGCUCCUACUGGUCGGGGUCGUGCCAAGGGACGUGGCAAGGGUGGCCGAGGCCGUGGGAAGGGUUCCAAAAAAAAGGAGGAAGCUGAGGAACUUCCCGAGACACACACGGGUUUCGGGGACGAGGAUGAUGAUGAGAUAGUAGACCUACUUGAAGAGUUAGAUGAAGAGUCAGAUGCAUCUGUGGAUGCACCAACUGAGCGCUUGUCACAGCCGCGCACUCCUCCCCAGCCCAAGGCAGCCGCCAAGGCCAAGACCAAGGCAGCAACAGCACCGAAGACCAAGAGAGCACCGAAGGCAGCACCGAAAAAGAAGGAGAGCUCGAAGGCAGCACCGAAAAAGAAGGAGAGCUUGAAGGCAAAGGCGAAGGCGAAGAGCAAAGCGUUGACCAAGUGCAAGAGCACCCAGAAGCGUGCUGCCUCCAGUGACGAGGGACGUGUGCCGACUGGAGACCAUUCUUUGAGACAUGCUUACCACAAACACCUCAAAGACAGCAUGGCUUCGCUCAAGAAGGAUGGCAUCACAGGACGCGCUGCACUCAAAGAAGCUCGCUCCACGUGGAACAACCAUCCUGUUCGUGUGGCUGCCAUGUCGAAGAUGACCAAGUCUGAGCGCAGCCGCAGGCGCUUGGUGAAGCCAAAGCGCUCUGGCAAUGCAGACAAGGAGGAUCAGCAGUGUUCUGCCUUGGACAACACUGUCACGUUUGAAGUGCACAGUGACCUCACCCGUGUGGUCCUUGAAAUUUCCGAUGAGGGGGCCAAGAGCAUGAAAGAUUCCGAGCCAGCAUCGCUGAGGGCAUUGAUGGCAGAGUUUGAAGAGGCACAGAUCGUGGACAAGAAGGUUUACCUCCAGUGGACACCGGUCGUGAACAACUUCAAGUAUUCCAACAUCGCCAGUGCAUUUACGAACGAGGCCCUGGAUGCGUCGCGCACGCUGCAGCGUUUGUGGCGUGUCAGGUAUGUCAAGGCUGACAAUGAGCUGCAGCCGUGCAAGCCAUUGUACAUGUGGCGUAGCAGGAAACCUCAAAUUUUAAUGACCCGCUCCCGCACCGACACCACCAUGGCAUGGAAGGUGGGCUGGCUGAAUUUCUUCGGCUUAGCGUGUCCAUGCCAUGUUGGUGUGUCUGCGCGUGAGCUGCUCCGUGAGCUUGUCAUUUGGCUGAAGCUACAGUCAGAAGGAGAGGAAAUCUUGGGAGCCAAUGAAGGAGAUCAGAAGAAGGCAGAAUGGCUCCGGCUGGCAAGUCAUGUUGGUGUCAGCGGGAAAGCUGCGAACUUGCUGAGCAUCAGGUUGGUGCGCCAAUUCCUCCGCCGUACUGGGUUUCGUGGCUCUGAUGUGAG